AUGUCGACCAAGGAGAUAAUAGCUGCGAUCAAUGAUCGCAAGUAUCCCCAGGCCAGGCAGAUGAUUGAGAAGCAGAUUCAGGCGCAGCCGAAGAACAGCGGUUUCGUGAGCAUGCUGUGCUUUGUGGAGUUCAAGCAACACAAUCGCGAGGCGGCUAUCGAGGCGGCCAAGUCGGCUAUCGCCUUGGGGAUCAGUAAUGUGCCCAUUCUCAACUCUUUCAUAUGCCCUGUCUUGUCUGCGUACGGCGAAAAGGCUCUAAUGAACCAGGCAUUCGAGGCAGCGACUCGAAGAGAACCUGCUACCCGGCAAACUGCCGAGCUGUGGUCCGAGUAUGGCUUUGACCUAUCGUAUACCAAGGCGAUUCUGCGUGCCCAGACUGCACUGAAUAAAGUUGCUUCGUCCAAGGAAGCGGUAUUAUCGUGCUGCUUGUUCAUGGCUCUUGAACGGAAGGCUAUGAACCCAGCAGACCCUGAAUUCAAGCUGUACCCUAUGCUUGCAUGCCGUCUUUUGGAUAAGGCUCGCCCCAUUACCGCGCCCCAGCAUGCCUAUGUUGAGGCGUUGGUUCUCGAAAUGACCUCAAAAGAAAAAAUGGCAGAGUAUCUUUUGUCCCCGGCAGUUCGGGCCUAUGACUCGCUGGAUCUGGAUGUCAUGCUGUUAAACAAUCUGUUGGAGCUGGAAAACUGGUCAGAAAUAUUUGCUUAUGCGCAAAUGCAACUGUCUCAGCUGGACAGCUUUAAUUACUGGCAGGCUCUUGUCAAGGCGUCUGUGAAGCUCGGCAAAACCGAAGAGUUUAAGCAGUUUGCUCAAGGUUUCAAGGGUCACAAUGUCUGUAUUGCCAACAUUGACUUUGCAAUAGAGCAAAAUAUGGAUCCUCUGCCUGCUGUUCAAACUUUCUGGGAGAAAAUGGGAACCAAAGCCUCUGCUCCACAGUUCAUUGAGCCGUACUUGACUCAGUCGGUGAUCGACUUUCUCUCUACGGUUUCCGCCCGCUCAUUUACAGAAACGGUCAACAUUGUCAAAAUCAACUACAAAUGGACCAAGCAAGCAGAUGUUGCUGCGCUCGUGAAACUCUACAAUGCGAACCUGGAUCAACUCCCAGCAGAAAAAACCGACUACUUUAUUGGCGAUGACCUGCUUCUGGUGGCUGCUGUACAUAUCUUAGGCGGAACUGAUUCUGAUCGCUUCUACAAGGCUGCUUUGCUUCUCGAGACCGCCCAAGCAAAUGACCCUCAUCAGUUUUAUGUUCGCCUGUGGCUCGUUCGAAUCUACCGGUACCUUGGGGCGUUUGAGAAGGCCAAGGACCACUUUGAUGCACUGAGAAUUCGACAUCUACAACACGAAUCACUUGGGUUUCUAUUGACUACGCGGGCCGGCUCUCUGAGCCCUAAUCGUGCGAUCACUCGGCAUGCAAUCGACAUUCAUUCCAAAGCCAAUCUUACGGGAACCUACGCUCAAUCAGCGCUGGGUAAAGGUUCGUUCACCCAAAUACCAGGAAUGCUUGACUUGGCAGAGAAACUCAGACUCAGCCUGAGUCGCAUUCUUGUAGAGUUUGAAGCCCUCAAGACAGAACGGGUGCUGAAGGGCACUGUCAGCUUGUCUGAUGUGUUCAAUCGCGCUUCAGAAUACAUCGAUAACCGUGACUUUAAAACUUCUUUCGACCCUUGUGGUGUUGCCAGCCACUAUUGCGAAACAGGCCCCCGACAGGGUACAGAGUGGGUUGAAGCACAAAUUGCCAAGGAAAAAGUGUAUCUCGGCGUGUUGAGAGGUAACACUACACAAACUCCUGUCUCGAGCCUGUCUUCUGAGCUCACUGAUCAAGAAAAAUGGAAUAUCGAGGUAGUCAAUUCGCUAGGCCGUGGAGACUUCCAAUGGCUGGCUCCUCCCGUGAACGGAGACGAACUAUCAUGGGAAAUCUUCCAUACGGGUUAUACACUAUGUGAGACCUGCAAAGUUGUGGAAGACGUGUUUGCCAAACAGAAAACAAAUGCACCUCCUCAGCUAAAACAGGCCAAAAAAGAACUACUGGAGGUGAUCUCCACUAUACAAAAGGCUGUCCAGCAGCAAAAGUAUGCUAAAAAUGUGGCUAAAUGGGCAAGCUCGUUGGGAAUCAAACAGGCAGACCGGGUUCUGGGCAGUAUCCAGCAAAGCCAACUACGGUCUUUGAGCCAGCUGAUCAACGCGCUGAAUUGA